UCACGCAAAACCACAUUUUCCAUUAGGCAUUGCGAUAGUGUUGGCCUGAGUUAGUGAGGAAAGCCAAGUGCCUGGAGUUCAGUCAGCUCUCGAGGUUCUCCGGAGUGAGUCAGAGUGCAAUGGAAGGCAUCAGUGGAAGUGAUUUCAAGUGCCUGAGCGGCGAUCUGCCCUCGGCCAGUGAAUUGUUCUCCGCCAUCUCAGCCCCAAUAGUCACUUGCCUGGCGAUCGGCGGGUGUGUGCUGGUCACCACCAUCGCGAUCUUCUGGACGCAAGUGAGAUUCCUGCUCGAGAACACGCCAAAGCCGUACAAAGCGCGCACCGUCACGCUGUGUGCCAUUUAUCAGGUCGUCUCGCUGGUCUGCUUCAUGUCCAUGCUCAUCCCGCGGUUCUUUCUUAUGGCAGAAAUGGCUGCUGUGCUGACGUUUGGCUUUGCCGCCUAUCAGAUCACAUGCCUCAUUAUCGACUACGCCAAUGGCGAGAGUAAUUUCAUAAAGCUCGCCGGCGACAAUGCGCUGAACAUGAGAGUGCCGCCCUUCUGCCUCUUCUACGGAUGCCUGAGGAAUGGCGAGCCCGUGACCAAGGUGAAGUUCCUGUCCAUUCGACUGCUGGUGGGACAAUUCGUGGUCGUGCAGGGCGUGAUGUACAUAAUGCUGAACGCGAUCUAUGUGGAUGAGCCGUCACUCUACAAUUCCAUCCGCUUCUACUUCAUGCCAUUCGUGAUCAUCUCGCUGCUGUCCUGCAUUUGGGGCCUCAACAUGAUCACGCGAAUGGUGGCGCCGUAUCUGCCCUACUACAAGAUCAUCCAGAAGUACUUUGCCGUGCAGUUCGUGCUGCUCAUGAGCAAGAUUCAGCCCACGAUUGCUGACAUUGUUGUGAGCAACGUCGACUUUCCCUGCAACUAUCCUCUGACGCCGCAUGUGUACAAGAAUGUCGUUGUGCACCUCGUGAUUGUCGUGCAGAUGAUGUUCCUGUCAAUUUGGGCGAUUAAGCUGUACAAGAAGCCACUGAAGAAGCCUCAAGUUCACACAGUCUACCGGUCCAUGUCGACCACAGCCAGCAACAUCAGUGUGAACACAACUGUGGAGUACAUGUAGAGUUGGGCUGUCCACUCAAGAAAUGUGCGAAUCGUGCUAUUAUUGUGAUAAUUUAGACCAUUUCCUCUCUUUAAGUUAUUUUGUAAUUAAGACGAGAAUACAAGAAAAUUGUUAAGAAAGGUCAAUCUUUGUCAAAGCGUCAGCAAAUUCACACUCGCCGAUCGUGCUGGGAUUUCCCAAAAGGCUGUCUUUCGCAAGAGAUCACGAACCUGAUUAUAGUUGUUUAGUUCAUUUAUCACUGGAGUUGUGAUUAAAUUCUAUGGAAGCUUCAAAUCCGCCUCA